GGAAGCGGCGCGGCGGGGCGGGUCCUGCGGGGGGUCCCCUCGGCCGGCUCCAUGGAGGAGGCCCGGGGCCACCGCUCGCUCUACAAGACGGCGGGGGCGCCGCCCUGGAAGGAGACCUACCGGAAGCGAUGCGCCGAGAGGCUGCGGAACAGCCGGUCCCGGCACCUGGACCGGUACCGCCGGGCCGGGGGCGACGGAGGAGGAGGAGGAGGCCGGGCCGCCCCGGACCCGCUGCUGGUGCAGGAGGUGAUGGAGGUGGAGUGGAGGGACCUGCGGGCGGCCCACGGCGGCCCGGACCCCCAGGCCGCCAACGAGAUGUUCGGACAGGUGAGGGACCCUGAGGAGCUGGCCGUUUUGGAAGAGAUCCAGCAGGAGCUGAUGAACCAAGAGCUGAGCCUCGUGGCGGAGUACGAGCAGAGCGUGCGGUUCGACGAGCGGUGUCUCCACGCCCUGCUCCAGGGGCUGCAGCGGGACCACCUCAUCUGCCCCGUCUGCUCCAGGUACAAUCUGUCCAUCUCCGGCGGCGAGGUCGUGUGCCAGUGCGGGCUGCACCUUCUGUCCCCGUCGUUCACAGUCGCAGUGACCCGACCCGACCCUCUCCCCGGCCCCCAGGGCGCGGAGCUGACCGAGCAGAAGCUGCGGGCGUGCCUGGAGGCCAGCCUGGCGGAGCACAACAGCUUCUGCUCCCACCAGCCCCACUUCUCCGUCAGCUGCGGCACCGAGGAGGCGCCCAGCCUCUUUAUGAGCUGCCAGGCCUGUGAGUCGUGGACGGUGGUGCUCUGACCUCCCGUGGCCAGGGAACGGGGGGAGGGCGGGGGUCCGGGAGACCUCGACGGGAGGGGGCUUGUAUCAUACGUAGUCACGCACGAACGUUGCCCUCUGGAAACUCUACGGUGUCGGAUUAAAGCUCUGUCACAGAUGUA